AUGGCCAUCACAGAACUCAACAGUGCAAGCAACGCGAGCGUUGCUUCUCAAGAAAAGGCGUCCAAGACGAAAAUCAUCUACGUCGGCUUGCUUUUCCUUCUUUCCCUAUUGUCUUUCUUGUGCCAAACUGAGUUUACUUCCCAGGCGUACCAGCUCGGUUUUGAAGAGCCCAUCAUCCUUUUGCUUGUCACCCACGGCUCGUGGUGGACUUUGUGGCCGCUCCAGGCGUUUUUCGUGUCGUUGUUUAGAACCAUCGGCAAGGCCAGAAACAGCAGAGGUGUGCGCUAUGAGAGACUAAAUUCGAAUGCUUUUCUUUUACAGAACGAAGCCGGCAUCCCCCAGGAUGCCAAUCCUGUUGUGUCCAAGUUUCACCCUUGGGGUUACUUCAAGAGGUGCAUUGUGAAGCAGGUGCACAACGUGUAUCAUUCCUCCAUUUUGGUGUAUGAGCCUAAUGUUAACGGAGACAGAAGUACUAGCAAUUUGGGUGCUCUUGUGGAGAAGAACCCCCAUAUUUCUUCAUCUAGCUCUGUUACCGCAUGUAUCCGCACUUUUGUUGCAACUCCAUCGUUCAAGUACGUUGCCAUUAAAGUCGGCUUGAUUUCUCUCGUGCUUAACUGUGCGGGCUUUACCUGGUACGGUGCCAUGUCAAUGACAUAUGCUUCUGAUGUUACUGCGAUCUACAACUGUUCUGCAUUCACUGCUUACGCUUUUGCUAUUCCAAUGUUGAAUGAAAAAUUUUCGUGGCUUAAAGCUACCUCGGUGAUAAUCGCAGUCGCUGGUGUUUUUGUCGUGGCUUAUUCAGGCUCUGAUUCUUCUCCAGAUGCACAAGAACAGUAUCCUUACAGAUUCUGGGGUAAUGUUAUCAUCUCUGUCGGUGCCGUCUUGUACGGUUACUACGAAGUCUUGUACAAGAAGUACGUCUGUGUCCCAUCCCACUUGUCUGUUGUUGUGACACCAAGACGUCAACUGACAUUUUCUAACUUCGUUAUGUCCCUUUUGGGUGUCUUCACUGUGAUCUUCUUGCUCACAUUAGUCAUUUUGACCGAACUCUUCCACAUUCAUCACUUCAAUCUUUUCGACUACGGUAAGAAAACUGGCAUUAUCUGGGUCUACAUUUCCGGAUCUAUCGUUUCAAACUUGUUAUUCAGCGCUGCUUUCCUUUCUUUAAUGGCAUUGACUUCCCCAGUAUUGUCAUCUGUGAGUUCCUUGGUCACUAUCUUUUUGAUUGGUGUUGUCGAAUGGGUUUUGUUCGGCAACGCCCUCAGUGUCAUGCAGCUUAUCGGUGACGCUUUAGUCAUUGUCGGGUUUGUUAUUCUCACCAUUGCUUCUUGGAAAGAAAUUAGUGAGGGUAACGAUGAUGAUGAAAUUGAGUCCGCCUCGCUUUAUUCAUUUGCCGCCAGUGAGGACACUAGCAACUAA